AACAGGCUAACAGAGUCUGUUCGUCAGUUUGGCGGUGACUAUCUAGACUAUGACUUGGUGAUCACUUAAGGGACAGCGUACUUUGUGCUUUUUCUCGUCUGGGGGCUUUCUCUUGCCCUGAGGAUCGGAGUACGGUGGCAAGCAUACAUAACUCAUGCCAAGUCUGGAGAGGAUAUUCUUCUUCGGUCUGUUCUUCACCGAGUUUUGUCUUUCUCUUCUCGCCUUGUUCCGUGUUUUGUUUUUCGGGAUUCCGCCAGAUGAAGCUAAUCAUCGAGAAAGUUUAACCUCUGAGCAGCCACAAGGGGGGAACCAGUGUCUCGGGCUCCUGGGGCCGUGUGGGAUUUGUCAAAAUCCAGCCAUCAAUAAAUAUGAUCAACAGAUGACGAAGAUCCCCGAAGUGGAUUCGAUGGAAGAUCAGCCAAGCACUAAGCAUGGCCAGCGUCAUAUAGUUAGUAGCCCUGACUUACUCAUAGUCGAGUCUCAAUACUCAAAUACUGUACUCCAUAGUAGACUAGACUAGGCCAAAGGAAUACAAGGCAGGAUGCAACAAUAAUAUGUCGAGUACUCGGGUGACUUGAAUUUGAAUCUAAGACAAAGCUAGUGGUACCUUACUUUAGGAAAC